CCAAGUCUCCAAACUCUCUCGUUCUCCUCGCCGCGCCGUUACUACGCGAAUUCGCCGCGUAUCUGGUAAGCGGCCGGCCAUCUGCUGCUGCUUCUAUUUGUGGGGAGUUAUUCAACUCCUCACAGGUACCUAUAUUAAACAAACAGACGAAGGAGUUACUGUUGAAACAAUAAAACAUUUUGGGACUGCAUAUUAAUCUGUAUACCAAAAUGAAGACAUUAUCGAUGAACUAAAUAUGGCAGUAGAUAGCUUAUUAGCAUCGAGCAGUGAGUUUCAAGAAAAAGACUCUGGUUGGGCAAUAAAAAAUUUCAACUAUUUUGAAAUUACUAUAAUCAAGCUAGAAAACAUUCCUGCUAGCGGAUACAUACAGGCCCCGAAGAAUAUAAGAGCCCGAAAUGCACUUAUAAACGUACAGAAUACUGACGUAUUUUGUUUCAAAUGGUGCAUACUGGCAUUCAUAGCUAAUAAAACUCAUGAGAGUGCUACCUUUACAACAGCAAAGCAAAAAAAGUAUUCACGAGAGAAAAUGACAAAGCCCACAACUUACCACAUUAAUAUUAAUAACGAAAUAAUUGUAUAUGACGGUAUAAGAUUGGAUUUUUCAGGAAUCGAGUUUCCAAUCACCAAUAAAGGAAUUAUUCAUUUCGAGAAAAAUAAUAAAGAUUUUAGCUUAAAUAUUUAUGAGAUCGAUGCUGAUGGUGACAAAAUUAUCGGUCCAACGUUUAGAACAAAAUGUUUUCGAAGUAACCACAUAAAUGUAUUGGGAAUAAAUAACGUUAACCAAGAAAGUAUGCAUUACGCUUAUAUUACAAGUGUAAAAAGAUUAUGCUACUCACAGCAUUCCAAGGCUAAAUCAGGAGGAUAUUUUUGUGAUAACUGUCUACAGUUUUUCACGGUUAAUAAUACUACCCACAACAAAUUUGAAUGCGGAAAAGUGGCCUCGUUUUACCCUGAAGCAAAUACUACAACUUCAUUCAAGGGCUUUCACAAAAAAUUAUCUCCUCCGGUGGUGAUAUAUGCCGAUAUUGAGGCUGUUCUUGAAAACUAUAGAACAUGCCUAAAUUCGUCUUCAACGUCGUCAACAACAAAAGUGCAGAAGAAUACUGCAUGUGCCGUAUCAUUUUAUAUAGCUUAUAAAUAUAAUCCUGAUCUUAACGAAUUGUGGACAUAUGAAGGCGCUGACUGCAUACAAAAAUUCUGCAAAUCACUAAAGGAAAAAACUACGAGCUUGUUUUACAUGUACUGGUCAACCCCCAAAAACCCGAUUGCUAGCACAAUCCAUGAACAGGAAGGCAACUGCUGUGCCUGUGAAAAGGAAAUCAACGCUGACGACCUGGACAAAUAUUUUGAUCAAUUUUCUGGAAAAUACAUGGGUCCCAUUCAUAAAAAUUGUAAGCCAAAGUACAAAUUAAGUGAUCCCUUCUUUCCUGUAGUAUUUCAUAACUUAUCUAAAUAUGACAUACAUUUAUUCAUUACUGAAUUAGAAGGAGACUUAAGCCCCAUACCAUGUAGUAAAGAGCUUUAUAUAGCGCUAACGCAGACAAUUAAAAUAAAUGCCUCAAAUAGAUUCAAAAUAAGAUACAUCGAUUCGAUUAGAUUUUUAAAUUCGAGCUUAGAAAAACUAUCGAGCUACAUGGAGGACAAAGAUUUUAAAAUUCUAAGUACUAAAUUUCAGGGAGAAAAAUUUAAGCAAAUGCGUAGGAAGGGUGUUUUCCCUUACGACUAUUUAGAUAGUUUUGAAAAAUUUGAGGAUACCCAGCUUCCUGACAUUGAUAGUUUUUACAAUUCUCUCAGCGAAGAAAAUUGUAGUAUAGAUGAUUACAAUUUUGCCCGAAAGGUUUGGAAAACACUCAAUUGUAAUACUAUAAAAGAUUAUAUAAAACUUUAUUUAGAAAGUGAUGUUUUAAUUUUGACCGAUGUUUUCGAAAAUUUUAGAAAAAUUUGUCAGAAAAUUUAUAAGCUAGACCCUAUUAACUAUGUUACAGCACCGUCAAUAUCUUGGGAUGCUAUGCUGAAGUAUACUAAUGUAAAUUUAGAACUUAUUAGCGACGGAGACAUGUACAAUUUCUUAAAAAGAGCGAUAAGGGGUGGGUUAACUCAAUGUACCCAAAGAAUUUCUACAGCUAAUAAUAAAUAUAUAACUAACUUUGAUUCAAGUAAACCAAAUAACUAUCUGAGCUAUAUUGAUGCAAAUAAUUUAUAUGGUUGGGCAAUGAGUCAACCUUUACCGCUAUCAGGAUUUAAAUUUUUAAGUAAUGAUCAAUUAGAAUCGUUCGAUUAUAAAAAUAUUUCUGUUAAGGGAAAUGUAGGAUAUAUAUUAGAAGUUGAUUUAGAAUAUCCUACUGAUCGGCAUGACUCACAUAACUACUUGCCUUUCUGUCCAGAAAACAAAGUUCCUCCAGGAGGUAAGCAGAAAAAACUUAUAGCUGAUCUAACGAAUAAAAGCGAAUACAUUAUCCACUUAAAACAGCUUCAACUUUGUAUACAGCAUGGUUUAAUUGUAAAAAAAAUACAUAGGGUUUUGUCUUUUACACAAUCAUGCUGGUUAAAGCCUUAUAUUGAUUUAAGCACUGAUCAAAGAAAACUAGCCGAAAAUGAUUUUGAAAAAAAUUUUUGUAAGUUAAUGAAUAAUGCAGUAUACGGCAAAACAAUGGAAAAUGUUGCCAAGCGAAGAAAUAUAGUAUUAGUAAAACAUUAUAAAUCAAGGCAAAAUUCGCCAGGCUUCAGGCAACGCAUAGCUAGACAUGAUUUCCAUAGCGUUGAGAUAUUCGGGACAGCGAUUGAAUCAACACCAUCAAAAAUUAUGUAUGAUAAACCAAAAUAUAUAGGAGUUGCUGUUUUAGAAUUAUCUAAAUGGUUAAUGUAUGAAUUUUAUUAUAAUUUUCUAUUACUUAAAAGUCCUUCUUCGAAAAUAAUUUAUAUGGAUACAGAUUCAUUUAUUUUAUCUUCAGAGGAAGACUUUUACGAAACUAUAAAAGAAAAUCCCGAACGAUUCGAUACCUCAAAUUAUAAACUAGAUAACCAAUUUAAUAUAGUUCAAGCUAAUAAUAGGGAACCUGGAAAAAUGAAGGAUGAACAUGCAGGUAGGGUUAUGACUUCUUUUGCUGGACUUAAGGCUAAGGCAUACUCUUGUUUAGUUGAUAAGGAAGGAAACGAAAACGAAUGUAUAAAAAAAAUUAAAGGAGUUAAGAAAUCAGUUAUUAAAAAACUGAAUCAUGAAGAUUAUAUAGAAUGUAUAAAAUAUAAAAAAACAUUUUAUGGAUCCCAGCGAGUUAUUCGAAGUAGGUCGCACAUCCUCUAUACUGAAAUUAUGAACAAAAUAAGUCUUAAUUAUAAGGAUGAUAAGAGAUAUAUUUUACCAGAUAAUUGUAAUACAUUGGCUCAUGGUCAUUAUAAUAUUGAACAUAUAUUAAAUAGUAUCCAAAAUUAAACCCAUUAUUAAAUAAAUGCUUAUAUAUUUAUAUUAUAA